AUGGGGACAGAGGAGACAGCACGGUGCACACGGGGCAGCAGCCAAUCAGAGCAGAGCGCCUUUGUUACCGCACUGAGCCUGAGGAGAGCUUUAACCGGAGCAGAGGAGCGGGGAGGGAACGCCCGCGCUCAUUUUACCACAGGACACACUCUACUCACUCUGCUGACUCUACUCACUCUGCUGACUCUACUCACUCUGCUGACUCUACUCACUCUGCUGACUCUACUCACUCUGCUGACUCUACUCACUCUGCUGACUCUACUCAGUCUGCUGACUCUACUCACUCUGCUGACUCUACUCACUCUGCUGACUCUACUCAGUCUGCUCACUCUGCUCACUCUACUCACUCUGCUCACUCUACUCAAUCUGCUCACUCUACUCAUGUGA